AUGGAGGAGCGCGCUUGCCUCUGCGGCCUGGGCUCUUCGCCGGGAUGUCGGUGUCGUCAGAAGAGCCAGCGCCCAGCUGAGACAGCAGUGGCCAAGGGCAAGCGGUGUCAUCACAAGCGCCAGCGCCCAGAUACUGAGGGGGAGAUCUUCGCCUCGCUCCCCGGCACCGACCUGCCCAGCCUGGCCCAGGCCUGCACCAAAUUCCACCACAUCCUGCACAUCGACAGCAUCUGGAGACGGCGCUGCCGCGAGGAGUUUGGCGUUCGUGAAAACUUGCAGAACCUGGAGACCAUAGGUAUGUCUUAUCGAGAAGUCUAUGCGAAGCUGUUCCCAUACAGACACAUUUUGGGGUUGUGGCAGCUAGAUACUGAGCACUAUAGAACCCUAGUGAAUGUCGUGGUGGAUGGCUUAUGCAUUACUGGUUGGACAUACAGGCCUUCCCUUAACACCCAUGUGAGUGGCCCCAUACAUUUCAAGCCCUCGUUCAGAAUUCGCCUGAGGAAGAGGAAAUCAGCCAAGGUGGAGUGCAUGGAAGGCCUCGGCAGCAGGCCCCACCACCGCCACAUGCAGAUUCGGAAGGACAGGUUCACGACCCAGUGCAAGAGCACAUACCACGGAAGGGAUUUACCAAGGCGGCUUAGGGAAGAACGGGGGCGGGUGCUGGAGGACAGACAGCGGUACAACUGGCUGACCUACCGCCGCCUCUACCUCCCGCCGAGCCACCCGGACGACCUCAUCAGGCCAGGCCUCUUCCAAUACUACUACGAUGCCUUCCACCUAAAGAUCUCCAUGCUCAGCUUCCAUGGGAAGUAUGCCAGGGUCACCAAGAUCACGGGCGUCUCCAAGAAGACGUUAGAGAUCCACCUCAUGCGCCGCAUCCAGCUGCGAGAUGGCGAGAUCUUCGGCAACUUCACCGAGCUCUCCCGUGUGGUCCAGGAGAUUGACGAGCAGGUGAUCCGGGAGCAGCAGCAGCAGCAGCAAGAAGACGGGACUGAGGAAAGCGAGAUGUGUUUCUAUGGCGUGGACACUGUUACCUUACCUGGCUUCACCGACCCCAGGCGCUUCCCUGGAGUCUUCAUCCUGUUCGAUGAGAACCACUUCGGGUUCAUCUGGCUGGAGUUGAAAUAUUUCUUCCUGUACAGCAGAGUCCAGAACACCUUCCAGAAUGUGGAGGCACCAUCCCUGCAGGCUUUCCUGGAUAUGCUCAAGAACAUUCAGUGCAUCCCCUAA